AGGGUGAAAGAUGAAGGGAUUGAGUUGAAUCAAUGAGAGAAGAAUGUUGGAAGAAGAGAAUGAGCUUGAAAUGAAAUUCUCAUUCGAUCUUGUUGCCUUUACUUGUUUCUUCUCAUUUGAGAAGGUGUUUUCCAUGUGCCAUGUUGUUAAAGUGAGUAAGAUAAAAUGAGCAUGAGAAAAGUUCUGAUUACUCGAGAUAAAUAGAUAGACUAAUCAAAAAAGUGUUUGACUGUAAAACCGUUUCACAUGUAAGUUUUGUACGAGAAAAGACGAAACCGAAAAAAAAACCUUCAAGUUUACAGUUUAUUCAAUGUUUUCUUGGUCAACUUUUAACCAACAGUUUCAUGGAAAGUUCAUUCAUCAGAAAGCGUUAAUUUAAUUGGUUAAAGUUGAUUGUUAAGACAUUCAUUUGGACUGUGUCAUGUAAUGGUUAGUCGAUGGACUUAGAGUUAACCUAACCUGGUAAAGGUUUCAACCCUCAAAGUUGACUCCAACAGUUGGAUCCGUUUAGUUGACUAUUUUAGUGAUUAAUUGAUUUUGACAGUGGUUCGGACAAUCAGUCAACCUGAGGUCAUUGGAAGAGUUAAAGGGACGGUCAGCGUUCUCAACUGGCCGCAACUGGAUGAAAACUUUGCACCGUGACAUGGGUGAGUUUGAGCAUUGCUUCAGUGACAUCAGCCAUCAACCCUCAUCCAUGUUGAAGGCUUCAACGGCAACGGUGACACCAACAGGCCCAGCAAACCCAAACCUUGGUGACUCGGGUUCAAUGAGUAAACACUAUCACGACUCUUUGGGUUCAACCAGUUCAGCCUGGAAAAGGCGGGAAAAAAGGGAAUCUAAAGGUUUGGUCAAUAGAUCGGGUCGACCAAGUGGUGAGGGUAAACACAUUUCAAGUUUUGACGAGUCGGAAGACGAGGUUGAUGAAGAUGAACCCAAUGAGGAUGAUGAUCAAAUUAACGGUGAAUUUAUUGGUAAAGAUGAAGAUGAACGUCGCCAUUCAAACCAUCAUUCCAGUCAUCAUGCUCGCUACUCUUAUGGUAAAACUUUUUCCACGCUCUACGAUCGACUCUGGAAUAUCCUGAGAUCAGCUUUUAAAAAAGAGCAUAAACUUGAUCAAAUGGAGCUUUUCAAUGAAGCUUGUGCUGCUAGAUUGGCGGCCAAUUAUACAGCUAAUAAAAGUCGUCGUCGUCGUGAACUGGAAAUACUUUGUAAGAAAACUAAAUUCACCAGAAAUGAGCUUAAACUCCUCUACUGGGGCUGGAAAUGUGCCUGUCCCAAUGGUAUCCUAACAGAGUCCACCUUUAAAGAGAUAUAUGCUCAAUUUUUCCCACAAGCGGGUGAUUCUUCCCUUUAUGCUCACUAUGUAUAUUCAGCCAUGUUUAAUGAUAAGGUGAGGACAGCUAACGGCGAGGUGACCUUUAGUGAUUACGCGUCUGCCCUGUCCACUUUAAGUCGUGGAUCUACCUCGGACAAGUUGGAAUGGAUAUUUAAAUUGUACGACAUUAACGGCGAUGGUUAUUUAACAGCUGAUGAGAUUAUUGAAAUUUCUCGCGCCAUUUAUGCUCUCCUAGGUUAUUAUGUUUCUCCUGGACAUGAUUCCAAAACAUGUGAAGACCAUGGUUACAGAGUUUUCCAGAAACUUGAUACACAAGGCAAAGGUUAUAUUACCUUUGAUGAGUUUCUCCUGGUUUGUUCAAAGGAUGAAACAAUAAUUAGUUCAAUGCAACUAUUGGACACUAUUGGACUGGAUUGAAAUGAUAAUACAGAAAGAAUUUAAUUGGGAUCACACUCUUACUCAUUGGAUUGACUUGAUUAAAACAAAUAAAAGGCCGAUUGUUAACUGUUAACAAACGAUCUUCUGACUUAUGGUUGCUAAAUUGAUGAGCAACUCCAUCUAACGGUUGAAAAUCUGGAGACAAAAAGCAGUUGAAGUUACAAAAAAUGGUCAAUCUUUCAAUAAAAGUUGAUUCAUAUUUCAUGGUGAUAGUAUUUGUUAGUCAUUUCAUUUCAAGUAGAUUGAUAAAAGGUGAAACUCAUAAAUGAUGGUUUGCAAGUUAACCUUUGUUUUGUAAAAUAAUGAGUUGUUACUAUCAUCUGUUUAUCCAAGAUGCAAAAAACCAAAAACCAAACCAAAAGAUUUACUUCAACAUCUACUUUUCUUGUGCUUAAUUUUAAUCAUGUGUUUCACUGAAUCGUCCUUUAUGAUUUUCCAACUACCGUUGACUUGAGUCAACAAUUAAAGCACAAUUUCCACAAUUUAAAACAUUCUCCGUGCCAUUCUACUUGGAUUUCGCUACCGAGAGGAAAACAUCGCAACAACAACUCGAGAUAUUGUAACCAUUCAUCAUAUUAUUUGCCAUUAUGUAUCAAUUUUUUCCAUUGUUUCAUGUAAUAUACAAAAAUUAAGAUUAUUGUUAUCAUGAGCUACAAUUGAAAGUGAGUAAAUCUGGAAGCUUAAACAUACAUUUGUUGAAAAGAGAUAAAUCCUGGAUACAUUUUUCAUUACAAUUUCAUGUUGAUACUGUGUUUUUGUUAUCAUUGUCACACCACAUUGUCAACUUUCCUUUUCUGGUCCCUCAAUUACUAGGUGAAUAUCAUGCAAAAAGCAAAUACAAACCCUUUCAAUACAUCGAUCAAUAGUCAUUGUUAAUAGAAGUUUAAAUUUCUGUUUGAUGUCAAUAGUAAUUAUAAAUGUGAAAACAAAUUUAUCACAGUCACGUCCAAAGUAUAUAAUUUCAACAUGAUACUUGUGAGUAAAGUAAAAAAAUGUAAAGAGAUUCAAACUCUACUUUAGAUAUAACGAACAAUUCAAUAUUUAAUGUUCCUUCCAAAUCAUUGAAAAUGUAAUUAAAUUAUCGACAUUAAACUUUCAUUUAUAGAUGUA